GAAACAGCUUUAUUCCAGUGACACAUCCCCAGGAAUCUGGAGCGUGAUCUUGUAAAACAAGAGACUGAGCUUCGGCCGUGUCGGGAAUGGUUUGGAAUCCCACUUGGUAUGAAUGUGUAGCUCUAACAUCAUGUCGGACGAUACCCACAAGUGUCUACGUGACGAUAGGAAUGUAUGCCAACUGUGUGGAGCUCUAGAUAAUUUAUCGUUGUGUACAGGGUGUAGAAAGACUUGGUAUUGUUGUAGGGAACACCAGAAGGCUGAUUGGAGGGAACAUAAACGACGAUGCGCAGGUAAAAGCAAAAAGAAAGACAAAAAACCAAAACACGAGGGAGUAGUCUGUCCCUCCGACCAGUCGGCCAGUGGCAGCAGUAUUACAAUGCCGACUGACAUUGCAGUUGGUGACCGGUCAGCAGCUCAAUGGGACGUCGAAGGCAAGGGUGCCAAAACACACGCACGCAGUGUAAACAAGACUGUCGAAGAAGUACAUAGUCGUGACCACAAACCUGAUGAGUUGUGUUGCGCGCAGGCAGACGAUACGAGUCACGCAUCCGUACCGGUUCCACAAGAAGGGAGUUCAGAAGCUUAUAUAUUGCAGACAGCAGCCAGCUCUCUCAGUCAACCUUCUGGUGCUUCAGCUGACAGCGGAGACACAAUGAGAGAAAUCAUCAACCCUCUAGAUUCAUCCGAGACUUAUGUUACUGUUCUGAAGUCGCGCUUCAAAGAACUAGCAGAAUAUGUGACAAACUGUCUCACCAAGUAUGGUAUUUGUGUGAUUGACAAAUUUCUUGGUGAAUCAAAAGGCUUAGACAUUCUCAAAGAAGUGAAAGAGUUAUACAGAUCAGGUGUUUUCAAGAAUGGACAAGUUGUAGACUCUGAAAAUACCAGCAAUACCACAAGAAUCAGAGGUGAUAUGAUAACCUGGGUGGAUGGUGCUGAGGAUGGAUGUAAGGAUAUUUUGUUUUUGAUAUCCUGUAUGGAUGAUAUUAUUCUACAGUGCUCUGGUAAACUGGAAAACUAUAGGAUUAGUGAGAGAACGAAGGCAAUGGUUGCCUGCUACCCUGGUAACGAUACGGGUUAUGUUCGUCACGUGGACAAUCCAAAUGGUGAUGGCCGCUGUGUGACAUGCAUCUACUACCUCAAUGAAAGCUGGGAUGUUCGGAAAAAUGGUGGUUUGUUGAGGAUUUUCCCAGAGGGCAAUAACAGAGUGGCCAACAUUGAGCCGGUGUUCGACCGGCUGCUGUACUUCUGGUCAGACAGACGAAACCCACACGAAGUUCAGAGUUCCAGUAGAGAAAGAUAUGCCAUCACUGUGUGGUACUAUGACAUGGAGGAAAGAUCCAGAGCCUUGAAGAGAUAUAAAGGUCAUUCCAGAAAUGGAAGGAAGUCUGCAGUGCCAUUGAUAAACGGUGACCGCAACUCGUAGCACCCUGCUUCCUGAUUGUAUACCACAUCCCCAGUUCCCAGUGCUAGACGACGAAAGGUUGAUACAGUCUGUGACAUGUGUGACUAUACAAGCUGGCUGCCAUGUCUCUCUCACCAGGUUGAUUGGUCAACUUAAGCGUGGACUUUUAUGUGACUUUAUGGUGUAAAUGUUGAACCAUUGCCCGAUGUGUGUAUCUACACUUAGCCUUGUCUCCAAGGCAUGUAUGUUACAUGGGGCACCUGGAACAUUGUAAUUAUUACAUUAUUUUUUCGGUCUUUUUUCCUUACCUGCUGUUUUUUUUGGAUGACUUGUACUGAUAUUUUUUUAGUUAAACUGACAGUUCCAUUUUCACAUUUCGUUUUCUCUUGAGUUUAAGGAGAUAUCGCCCUCAGGUGAACCCAUGUUUCGAAACCCUUGUAGAAAUGUCAGUGAGAACAACAUGAUUCUGUCAUGGAUUUGUGUUUUUAGGAGAAACCAUUUGUGAAUACAGCACCUAUAUCAGCCUCUCUACUCAACAUAAACAGGAAAGCAUGGACUUUAUAUGUGUAUUCCUGAGUUAUGAACAAGUUUUGUCAUAGAAUCCUUGUGAACUAUUAUAGUGUAUGUGCUAUGUUUUGUCAAAGCUCAGUCAAGUUAUUUCUUGAAUCAGUCAUGUUCUUCCAAUAAUCCUCUUUAAGAUCAAUACAACCAUGAACCACA